AUGUCCGUAACCUCUCUUUCUCUUCCGCGGUGAGAGAAACAGGUUGUUCAGUCUGAAUGCUGGAAGAGGUGGAAUUGGGGCACAUAGUCAUCACAUGUCCAAUGUCCGUAUUACUCCGACUCACAGGUAUAAAUCCCUCACUAUAUAUACAUCUGCAUGGCAGCGUCCCCUUCCCCCUCGCCCCACUCAUCCCCCCGGUUCCGAAUCUAAUCAACCGCAAAAUGCGUAUGCCUCUCCUUCGGACUCAUCCCACUCCUCGGUAUCAUCUCGUCCCUCGUCGCGGGCACAACCAACGCACUCCUCGGCAACGACACCCGUCUUUGCCCCAACAUCCCCGACGCCGGCGGCCCCAACAUACCCCCCGACGACACCGAAGACGAUGAUAUCGUCGGUAACGCCGCCGACAGCCUCCUCCCUAUUCCCCCUUGCGGGGCAGACCCGUACAACGGUCCACUACCCCCUUUUUCUAACCACCCAUCCACACCCUCCCCUGGCGGCGGUAUGGGUAUCGCCCCCUCCCCCUCCCCCUCGACAAAAGACUCCGUCAACCCCGACUCCCCACUCUCCCCACUCUCGACCGAAUCAAUCCCCGCCUCACCCCACUCCCCCGUCCCCACAACCCCCUGCGGCCCAACACCCGCACCCGCACCCGCCGGACACCAUAGCGCCUGAUCGCUCGCGCUCAAAUCCCCCGCCUCCGCCACAAGAUCCGGCCGCAGUUCGCCUGUCUCUUUCACGACGUCGGAUACCGUGUGGUCUAGUAACCGCCGGAAGGUCGAGUAGUCGCCGUCGGCGAGCUGCGAGAGGGUUUGGAGCAGGGGUUUGCAGACCACGAGGGAUUUCUGGAGUGUGGGGUGCGUGCUGGGUGGGUGGAGGAGGGUGUAUUCGAGGAGGAGGCGGCGGAGGUUCUGGGGUUGCGAGGGAAGGGUGAGAUAUGGGCAUGGAGGGUUGGAUUAUGUGUGUGUGUGUUUUUUUUUUACAUACCUCGUUGAAGAGGAUAUUAUCCAACGCGUUGCGCGAGUUGCCUUUGUAGAGUGAGGACCGCCGUGAUGCGGAUUGACUCCUUACCGACGAAUGCGAGCCUGAUUUCGCGGCACUACCCAAACUCAAACCAUCAGCAUGAAUCCUAAAGCUCCAAGAUUCCCCAUCGCUUCCCCUUGCACAUUACUUGAAAGCCCUAAAAAGCUUGAAGAUCGCGCCAAUAGUCCGCCGUCGUUCCUUGAUAAACUUCGCCGGGUACAUCCGAUGGCUCACAUACAACCCGCCCACAAUAAUCACCACCCACCCCGCGAUCGUGAUGG